AGAUGCAUCGUCAAUUUUGCCAAGAGCUUUUCAUUUACCAGAUCAACACCUUGAAUUUAUUGACUCGAUAACUACCAAGAUCAAUAUUUCUCUACAAGCUUGUCAAAGGCUUGCUCGAUUACAGCUGGAAAUGUCGCAGAUGAAAGUUUUAAUCAACGGCUGCGGCGUGGGUGGGCCGUCUCUUGCCUACUGGCUCGCUAAAAUCGGAGCGCAGGUCACCGUCACGGAACGGACCGCAGACCUACGCGCCACCGGACAGCAACUCGACAUUCGAGGCCAAGCCAUUCCGCUUUUGGACAAGAUGGGCAUCAAAGAGGCCGUGAGGUCGGUCCUCGUCAAGGAGCCGGGGAUGCAGAUCGUCAACGAGAAGAACAAGACAAUGGCCUUUUUCCCAGUCAGCUCCGACUCCAAGGCGUUCUCGUCCGAGUAUGAGAUCAUGCGGGGCGACCUGGUCAACAUCCUGUACAACGCCACCAAGGACGACAAGAACGUCCGGUACGAGUUUGACAACUCCAUCGAGAGCUUUACGCAAGACGACAUUGCCGACCCUGCCGGCAAGGUCCACGUCACCUUUGCAAAUGGCCGCAGGGAAGACUUUGACAUGGUCGUCGGCGCCGACGGUGUAUAUUCGCAAACGCGCAAGAUCAUGAUGGGCCCCAAGUUUCCAGAGUCGCUCGUGUCGCAAAAGACGCACUUUGCGUACUACAGCAUCCCGCCCAAGCCCGACGACACGCGCCGCUGCACCUUUUGCCUGUUCCCCAACAAGAAGUGCCUGAUCAUGCGCAAGGACCGCGAGGAGGUGACCAGGGCGCUGGCCAUGGUGCACGGCGACUACCCCGCCCUGAACGAGGCCUACCGGACCGGCGACAAGGCGGCCCUCCAGAGCGCCUGGGCCGAGGUGCUGCGCGGGCUGGGCUGGCAGGCCGAGAGGUUCCGCGACGCGCUGCUGCACAGCCGCGAGGCCGCGGACCUGUACGCGGGCGCCGUCAACUUUGUCAAGCUGCCCCCCGGCGGCUGGUCGCAGGGCCGCGUGACGCUGCUGGGCGACGCCGCGUACGCGUCCACCCUCAACGGCAAGGGCACCACGGCCGCCAUGGCCGCGGGCUACGUGCUCGCGGGCGAGGUGGCCGCGCUGCUGGCCAAGGGGGAGCCGGUGGGCCGGGCGGUGCUCGAGGGGGUGGCCAACUACGAAACGACGUUCCGGCCCCUCGCCGAAGCGGCCCAGGACACGGGCAAUGCGGACCUGGGCGCCCCGCUGCCGCAGAGCGCCUGGGGUGUGUCCAUGGUGCAGUGGGCCGCGCGCGCGGCGGCCGCGUUGCGUCUUCACACCUUUAGCUUGGGCUUCGUCACGGGUGACGUGCUCGACAAGUAUGCAAUGCCGACAUAUCCCGCUUUAGAGGCUUCUUGUGGCGAUUUGCUUCGGAGCUCGGCGCGGUGA